AUGGCAGAAAAUCACACUCAUCGUCAGGUGACACAGUCGCUGCUCUUUAGAAUUCUUCCUGUGACGUUGCACGGGCCCAAGGGGCCAGUGGAUACUUUCGCGUUCCUCGACGAUGGGUCCUCUCUAACGCUGGUUGAGGACAGUCUGGUCAAGGAGCUCGGAGUCGAAGGAGUAACAAUGCCAUUGUGUCUGAUGUGGACGGCGAACGUUACACGCACCGAACAAGGAUCGCAGCAAAUGUCGCUGACCAUUUCAUCCGCCGGUGGAAAGAAGUACUCACUACAAGAAGUUCAAACUGUUCAGGAGUUGUCGUUGCCCAUGCAAACCCUCUCGUAUGAUCGCCUGUCCGAACAAUUUGAACACCUUAAGGGUCUUCCAGUUAGAAGUUACACCAAGGCAGUACCGAAGCUGCUGAUCGGAGUUAACAACUUGGACUUGAUGGUUCCGCGGAAAGUGCGUGAAGGACUGCGGCGCGAACCUGUUGCUGCGAAAACCAGGCUAGGGUGGUGCAUCUAUGGAGGGACAGCAAGCGAUGGCCAAAGAUCAUCAGUCAACUACCAUGCCUGCGGAUGUACGUCGGAUCAAGCCCUACAUGAUCUCGUCAAGGACUUCUUCACUACGGAGGAAGUCAUCAUGCAGCCCGUCGUUCCCCUAGUAUCCGAGGCAGAUAAGCGCGCUCAACAAAUAAUGGAGGAAACUACGAUCCGAGUUGGCAAUCACUUCGAGACCGGCCUAUUAUGGAAGUUCGACCACGUAGAGCUUCCAGACAACUACAGCAUGGCCCUUCGACGUUUACAGUGUCUUGAAAAGCGUAUGGAUCGGAACCCGGAUCUUCGAGAAGCUUUGCAACGUCAGCUGGAAGACUAUCAGCUGAAAGGCUACGCGCAUCGUGCCACAGAAGCGGAGUUAGCUAGCGCCGACAUUCGUCGAGUAUGGUAUUUGCCGCUAGGAGCGGUAGUAAAUCCUCGAAAACCAGGCAAGAUCCGAAUGAUUUGGGAUGCUAGAGCGGCCAUAAACGGGAUUUCUCUGAAUUCGGUACUGCUGAAGGGUCCUGAUCAGCUGACAUCACUUCCUGGUGUUCUCGUGCGCUUCCGUCAGUUCAAGGUGGGCGUCUCCUCCGACAUACGAGAGAUGUUCCACCAAAUCUUUAUACGUAAGGAGGACCGUCACUCGCAGCGGUUUCUGUGGCGGAUGAAUCCCGCCGACAAUCCCGACGUGUAUCUCAUGGAUGUCGCCACAUUCGGCUCAACGUGUUCCCCUGCGUCUGCUCAACACAUUAAAAACAAGAACGCUAGGGAGUUCCAAGAGCUGUAUCCCCGAGCAGUCGAAGGCAUAGUGGACAACCAUUACGUAGACGACUCCCUGGAAAGCUACGAAUCAACGGAGGAGGCGAUCAGGGUGUCCCAAGAAAUGCGUUAUGUCCACGAACAGGGCGGUUUCGAGUUGAGGAACUGGCUGUCAAACAGUAACGACGUUCUGACCGCUAUAGGUGAAACCAAAUCAGGAGAAGAUAAGAGAUUUGCAGCGGACAAACAAGGCGACUAUGAGCGAGUUCUCGGACUCUUGUGGUCGACGCUGGAAGAUGCCUUCAGCUUCUCGACCGUGAUGAAACCAGAUAUUUCCAGUCUGGUUACGACUGGCGAACGCCCUACAAAAAGGCAGAUGCUGAAAUGUCUGAUGUCACUUUUCGAUCCACUGGGAUUCCUGAGCCUGUUUGUAGUACACGGGAAGAUUCUCCUGCAAGAAGUGUGGAGAACGGGAGCACAGUGGGACGAAAAGGUCAACGAUGAUCUUUACCUACGGUGGAAAAAUUGGACCCAACUGUUCGAAGCUGUUAGUCGACUCAAAAUACCUCGCUGUUACUUCUCAGGUGCAACCAAAGAACGGUAUCAAAAUCUACAACUACACCUGUUUGUAGACGCCAGCGAGUCGGCGUACUGUGCGGUUGCGUAUUUCCGGACGAUCAACGAUGAAGGAAUUCCCGAAUGUGCACUCGUGGCAGCCAAAACAAAGGUGGCCCCGCUGAAGACUCAAUCGAUUCCGCGCUUAGAAUUGCUGGCCGCUGUACUUGGCGCACGAUUAUCGAAGUUCAUCGAGGAGAAUCAUACCCUGCGGAUCACCAGGAAGGUGUUUUGGAGCGAUUCAGCAACGAAUCCGGCGGACAUUGCGACGAAGUGGGGAAGUGGUCCGGAUCUUAACGCAAACAGUGUCUGGUUCAAGGAUCCGUCAUAUCUUCGGAAGCCCGAAGCAGAGUGGCCCACGCAAAGUAUUUCUACGCCACCCACGGAAGAUGAGCUUCGCCCAUGUUAUGCGCACAAAGCGAUACAGAUCCCGGAACAGCUGGUAGACAUCACCCGCUUUUCUCGGCUAUCCAGAGCAGUUCGCGCUGCCGCCUAUGUAUAUCGUUUCGCUGAAAAUCUGAAGCAGAAAAUCGCUGGGCGCGAACGGUUCGUAGGUCCUUUGACCUCCGAGGAACUCCGAAAAGCAGAGAGUUUGCUUAUAUGCGACGCCCAAUGGCAAUGCUUUCCGGAUGAAUUGAUGGUCCUACAACGAAACAGUUCGAAACCGGCGACCGAGCAAACACCGUUAGAGAAAAGCAGCGCCAUUUUCCAACUCUGUCCAAUCUUGGACGAUCAGGGCAUUCUUCGAGUGGACAGUAGAAUCGGCGCGGCUCCAAACGUCGAUAGGGAAGCAAAGUUUCCAGUUAUCCUUCCAAGAAAACAUGCGCUGACUACUCUACUGCUGGAUCACUACCACCGUAAAUAUCGUCAUGGGAAUACCGAAACAGUAGUGAACGAAGUCCGUCAACGAUACUACGUCCCACGACUCCGUACGGCGGUAAGCUGUUUGGCCAAGAUUUGUCAAUGGUGUCGAGUCUACAAGUGUUCGCCGAAGAUUCCUCGCAUGGCACCGUUACCGCUGGCUCGGAUGGCCUCUUUUGUAAAACCCUUCACGUACACGGGUCUGGACUUCUUUGGACCGCUGACAGUGAAGAUCGGAAGGAGCAACGCGAAACGCUGGAUUGCUGUAUUCACGUGCCUAACGAUAAGAGCGGUGCACGUGGAAGUGGCACAUAACUUGACCACGGACUCCUGCAUCAAAUGUAUCCGACGGUUCGUUUGCCGCAGAGGAGCGCCGGCCGAAAUCUACUCGGACAACGGCACAAAUUUCCUGGGUGCCGCUAGACUGUUGAAGGAGCAAGUAGAGCAACUAGCCGUCACUUUCACGGGAACUGCUACCAAGUGGGUGUAUAACCCGCCUGGCACUCCGCACAUGGGCGGGGCAUGGGAGCGGAUGGUUCGCUCCAUCAAAGUUGCUGCUGAGACGGCGUACAACAACAGCCGCAAGCUGGACGACGAAGCGUUGGUCACCUUUAUGGUGGAGGCCGAAUCGAUAGUGAACAGCCGACCUCUAACCUAUCUGCCGGUGACGUCGGAAGAAAACGAGGCAAUAACACCGAACCACUUCCUGCUCGGCAACUCAAGCGGAGUCCGGCAGCCGAUAGCUGAAGCAACAGAUCCAGCCGAAGCUUUAAGAUCGUCGUGGCAUCAGCUGCAGCAUCAGCUAGACGUAUUCUGGAGAAGGUGGAUAAGGGAGUACCUACCCACGCUGACUAAGCGACCGAAGUGGUGUAGCGAGGUGGAUCCUAUAGCUGAAGGACACUUAAACUAA